CAUUCACAACAAUCCCCACACACACACACAGGGGGACUGGAGAAUCAUGGCGAAGAGUAAAGAUGACAUAAAGUAUGCAACUUCACAAGCAAGGCAUUCAGAGGAUGAAGCAGUGAGGGUGGCCUACAAGCACGGCACCCCACUGGAAGCAGGAAAGAUUGCAGACUCUGAAGCCAUUGAUGUGUUUUCUAGUGCUCGAAAUGUUUCAAAGGCACAAAAACAAGGCUCUGAGUUUUCUAAUUCUGAUCAGCAGUCUCAGCUGCAGCAACGUAAAGAUGCUGCAGAUAAUACUAAAGGAGGAGAAACUGAAGCAAGUUCUACAGUGGAUUUCUCCACUGGAGCUCCUCGCUUUCCCAAAAAGGGGGCUUCAUCAGCUGGUUACGAAUAUUGAAACCACUAAUGUGUACUCUAGGGAGUUUCUUUCUCCAAUAUUUCUCUUGUUCUGUCCCCCUUGAAAUGGUUGAUCCGUUUUAGAGUUCUUUGGCUAUGUUUUAUAUUUUAUUGAAAGGAUAAUAUUUGAACUCAGUUUAUUGUUCUGAA